AAACACAUUUUACCUUGGUCUCUCGCUCUCUCGCACACACACACACUGUUGAUGGGCGGUGCUUGAAGCGGCGUUACAUUUCCACAGUGGACCAUAGUCUGUGUUUCAUGAUGCGUCAACGCAUGAAACAACUGUAGCAACAGAAAAAAAAUAAACCAAAAACCUGAUGGUUAAAAAACGAAGCUAUGCUACUUCAAGGGCGAUGCGUUAUGGAUGAAGAUGUUGACGAGUCAAAGUGAACGUUUGCCAUUGACGACUUUUUAAAAAUUAUAAUCGAAAAAACGGUUUUAUUCAGAUUUUAUGAUCGGACUGUUUUGAGUUUACAGUCUAUGUAUGACGACAGAAGAUCAUAGUCUUGUUUCCUCUUUCCAAUAACUUGAUAGUUUUGGGGGGAAUAACCUACAUCACGUUGGAACACGUCUAAUCACAUGAAAACAGGCAAUGGAAACAAAGAAGUUUCAAGAGAGUUCUUUGUUCCUGUCUGCACGAUGAACUGAGGACAAUAUAUGUGGGGACAGUAUAUCCCAAGAGAGCCAUGAUUCUGUGGAACAGAGUAUGUUACGGUCCCUGAUGUCUCUCUGGAAGAAGAUCUUCGCCCUGAGCUCGUCUACUUUAUUGUCCAGAGUGUAACGGUCGUCGUAUGAAGGAGAGGACCAAAGAGCAGCGGGGCAGACACUGGAAAAAAAGAGCUCAUUCUCUCUCCGCCCGUCGCCCGACAGCUGGAUGUUCAGAGGGAAGAAGAGGAAACAGAGGAGGAGGGAUGUGGACUCUCUCAGCCUGUGCAGCCUGGACAUCAACGAGCCCUGUAACAAGCGGGUGAAGCCUCUUUCUCGGGUUACAUCGCUGGCCAACCUCAUACCUCCAGUCAAGGCUGCACCUCUGAAGCGGAUCGGACAAACACUGCAGCGUUCCAUCAGCUUCCGCAGUGAGAGUCGAACAGAGUCGGUCAUGCCUCCCAGACCAUGGACGCGGCCGGCCCCGCCUGCCAACACCAAGCGGCGUGACAGCAAGCUGUGGAGUGAGACCUUUGAUGUGCGGCUUGGACACCAGAUGCUGUCGUCCAAAGAGAUCAAUCGCCAAGAGGCGAUCUUUGAGCUUUCUCGAGGGGAGAAGGAUCUCGUUGAGGAUCUGAAGCUGGCCAAGAAGGCGUACCAUGACCCAAUGCUGAAACUGUCCAUCAUGACAGAACAUGAGCUCAACCAGAUCUUCGGAACCCUGGAAUCUCUCAUUCCGCUGCAUGAAGAUCUGCUGAGUCGACUGCGAGAGGCCAGGAAACCAGACGGCUCCACAGAACAUGUGGGACACAUCCUAGUGGACUGGCUUCCCUGUCUAGACUCCUACAACUCAUACUGCAGUAAUCAGGUGGCAGCCAAGGCUCUGCUGGACCAUAAGAAGCAGGACCACCGGGUGCACGACUUCCUGCAGCGCUGCCUGGAGUCGCCCUUCAGCAGGAAGCUGGACCUGUGGAACUUCCUGGAUAUACCCAGGAGCCGGCUAGUCAAAUACCCCCUGCUGCUCAGGGAGAUCCUCAAACACACGCCGAACGACCAUCCAGACCGACAGUACCUGGAUGAGGCAAUCAACAUGAUCCAGAGCAUCGUGGCAGAGAUCAACACCCAGACGGGCGAGUCAGAGUGUCGUUUCUACAAGGAGCGUCUCCUCUACCUAGAGGGCAGCCAGAGAGACCUUCUCAUUGACAGUUCCCGCGUCCUCAGCUGUCACGGGGAACUGAAGAACAACAGGGGCGCUAAGCUGCAUGUGUUCCUGUUCCAGGACGUGCUGGUCAUCACUAGAGCCAUCGCCCACAAUGAGCAGCUGUACUACCAGCUGUACCGCCAGCCCAUCCCCGUCAGAGAGCUGCAGUGGGAGGACCUGCAGGACGGGGUGAUACGCCUGGGAGGCUCCAUCAGAGGAGCCUUCAGCAACAACGAGAGGACCAAGAACUUCUUCAGAGUGUCGUUUCAUAGCAGUAGCCAGCUCCACUCCCACUCCUUCCAAGCCAGCGAUGCCUUCAACAAACAGCAGUGGCUCAACUGCAUUCGACAGGCCAAAGGAGCUGCUGAGUCGGCAAUGGGGGUUGUGGGGUUGGGGAUUCCUGUCGGGGUGGAAACCAGUAUCAGUGACCCAGAGCCCCCUCCAAGCCUACUCAGCCCCCACGGCCCUCUGAGCCCUACAACACCUCCCCUCUCAGGACCACUGGCCCCCCAGCCAAAAAGCAUGGACCAUUGCGACAGUGACUCGUCUGUCGACUCUCCAGGCUGUAGCAUGGACAUGGACACAAGCGAGGCUUUGGCCUCCCCCACAGGCUGCCCUGAUGGACCAAACAGACUCUAGUAGUAGCAGGCCAUCAGAAGUGUGACCUUCGUGGUGUCAUGGCCUCUCUGGGUUAGAGAGGCUAGAGGCUAAACCUUGGCAAUAUUGGUGUCAACAUGGCAAUGCUCCCUAUAUACGGGAGGGAAGAAAUACACUGUGGAAAAUUGGAGCACUUUUUUUUUAUUCUACCCACUUUUUUUCAUUUGUUAUUUUAUUUGUUGCUGAACU